ACCGUGGCACCGCCCCUUGUGGCGCAGCGGCGGAGCGCGGCACGUGGCGGCGGGACGCGGGAUGGCUCCCCGCGGCAGGAAGCGCGCUGCGCGGCGCCCGGCCGAGCCCGAGGCGCAGGCGGAUCCCCCCGAGAAGCGGCCCCGCGGCAAGGCCGUGGGCAGCUCCGGGGACACCGGCGGCCCCCGCGUCGUCAUCGAGCACUGCCGUAGCUGACGCGUGUACGGGCGCAACGCGGCGGCGCUGAGCGAGGCCCUGCGCGGGGCCGUGGCCACCCUGGCCGUAGAGAUCAACCCGCAGCAGCCACGCAGGAACAGCUUCGAGGUGUCCCUGGUGAAGGAAGACGGCAGCACCGUGCAGCUGUGGAGCGGUAUCGGGAAGGGGCCGCCCCGCAAGCUGAAGUUCCCUGAGCCCGCGGCCGUGGUGGAUGCUCUGCGGAGCAGCCUGGCCUAGAGGCGGCGGGCACGGAGCGCGAGCGGCAGGGCUGCACUACGCCGGGAGCGGCCUCGCGGAUCGAGCGCCCAUGAAGAGGCGGCACCAAGGGGGGCACCGCCCCCAGUAUCGCCUCCGACGCCGCAGCUCCUCCGCGGAAAGGCCAGACCCCAGCGGCCCGCAGCCAUUACCCAGUACCAUUUCCCCAAUAAAGCUCUGCGGCUCCUUCA